GCUUGACCACACCCGCCACAUACUCUCCUCCUCACCAUGUACUCCAGCGCCGCCGUUCAAAAAGCGAAGAGACGGACACACGCGCGUCCAGAGCUCACCGAUGAGCAGAAGCAGGAGAUCAAAGAGGCCUUCGAGCUGUUCGACACCGACAAGGAUGGCUGCGUUGACUAUCAUGAGCUCAAGGUUGCGAUGCGCGCGUUGGGCUUUGACCUCAAGAAAGCCGAAGUCCUAAAGCUGUUGAGAGAUCAUGAUAAGACGGGGCAUGGGCUGAUGGACUUUGAGGACUUUGCAAAAAUCAUGAGUGAGCGCAUUCUAGCACGAGAUCCAAUGGAGGAGAUUCGGAGGGCGUUUCAACUUUUUGACGACGAUAACACCGGCAAGAUCAGUCUACGAAACCUGCGACGAGUGGCCAAGGAGAUUGGAGACAGGUUAGAAGACGAUGAACUGCAAGCCAUGAUAGACGAAUUCGAUCUCGACCAGGACGGGGAAAUCAAUGAGCAAGAGUUCUUCGCCAUCAUGACAGACGACGCAUAGCGUCCCUGCCCAAGGCGCCGUCUGCCCAACCUCUGCCUAUUGAUACCCGAACACCUCCGCCGCUCUUCCCCCUUUCGUUCAUUCCGUAGGUUGUCAUGGUUCGAAAACGCACUACGUCAUCGUGAACCCCUUCAAUGCCUCUUGAGACACCCGAGCGUCCCUGAUCGGAUGCCUCCAUCCGUGUGUAUCGUACGACCAUAUCGCAAACCGAGCUGGUCAUCGGCACGAUCAGGCUCUUCCUUGCACCUGCGCCUAUCCAUAUACUGUACGCCCAUAUGCAUGUCCAUCUCAAACUCUCCCCCAUGGUCACAUUCGACAACCGUCUUUUUGAUCUUUGUGCAUUCUUCGGUCUCUUGUAUGAUACAAAUCGCAUGUACCGCUAUUUCUCUGGGGCUCUCACGCUGCUAGAUACACAUCUGCAUUAUCUGUACCCUAAUCCUACAACCAUCCACACCGUGCAUAUGCU